GUGUCUCUUGUAGCUGAGGGAGAGAGAGCGAGAGUGAGUGAGUGUGAGUGCGGGGUAGGGUGGUGGCCGUUACGUUCGGGGCAACGGCUACGGCAGUGGAGAAGUAAAAAGAGAAACAACGUCCGGCGCUUCCGUCUUCGCUCGUGAGGAGGAGGAGCUGGUAGGAAAAGGAAAGUGAUUCUGUCUGGGCCUGAAAUAGACCGAGUCGGGCCGGUGGGGCUUCUGGGCUAUGAGCCUUUGAGGGUCGCGGAGCGAGACCCGAGAGCCGAGAGCUAUGUCUCAGCCGCCGCCGCCGCCGCCUCCGCUGCCGCCGCCGCCUCCCCCCCCUGAGGCUCCGCAAACUCCGUCGUCUUUGGCGGCGGCGGCGGCGGCUGCUCCAGGAGGGCUUUCGAAACGCAGAGACCGGAGAAUCCUUUCCGGGAGUUGCCCGGAUCCGAAGUGCCAGGCGCGUCUGUUCUUCCCGGCCUCCGGUUCUGUCAGCAUCGAGUGUACCGAGUGCGGACAGCGGCACGAGCAGCAGCAGCUGUUGGGGGUGGAGGAGGUGACCGACCCGGACGUAGUCCUGCACAACCUGCUGCGGAACGCGCUGCUUGGGGUGACGGGGGCACCCAAGAAGAACACGGAACUAGUAAAGGUGAUGGGCCUUUCCAACUACCACUGUAAAUUGCUGUCGCCCAUAUUAGCUCGCUAUGGAAUGGACAAAAAGACAGGCCGGGCCAAGCUUCUCCGGGACAUGAACCAGGGCGAACUGUUUGAUUGCGCGCUGCUGGGUGACCGGGCCUUUCUCAUAGAACCAGAGCAUGUUAACACCGUAGGGUACGGCAAAGACCGCUCUGGAAGCCUCCUAUAUUUGCAUGACACUCUUGAGGAUAUCAAGCGGGCUAAUAAGAGUCAGGAAUGCCUCAUUCCUGUGCAUGUGGAUGGAGAUGGACAUUGCCUGGUGCAUGCUGUAUCUCGGGCUCUCGUAGGCCGGGAACUCUUCUGGCAUGCCCUGAGAGAAAAUCUUAAACAGCACUUUCAGCAGCACCUGGCCCGAUAUCAAGCUCUGUUCCACGACUUUAUUGAUGCUGCUGAGUGGGAGGAUAUUAUCAAUGAGUGUGACCCUCUGUUUGUGCCCCCUGAGGGUGUUCCCUUAGGCCUGAGGAAUAUCCAUAUAUUUGGCCUGGCUAAUGUAUUACAUCGUCCUAUAAUUCUGUUGGAUUCCCUCAGUGGCAUGAGAAGCUCUGGUGAUUAUUCAGCUACCUUUCUGCCCGGGCUUAUACCUGCAGAGAAGUGCACUGGGAAAGAUGGUCAUUUGAACAAGCCAAUCUGUAUUGCAUGGAGUAGCUCUGGUAGAAACCAUUAUAUACCCUUGGUAGGCAUAAAAGGGGCUGCUUUGCCCAAACUACCUAUGAAUUUACUUCCUAAAGCGUGGGGGGUGCCCCAGGACCUUAUUAAACAAUAUAUCAAACUUGAGGAAGAUGGUGGUUGUGUUAUUGGAGGAGACAGAAGUUUGCAAGAUAAAUACUUGCUUAGGCUUGUUGCUGCUAUGGAAGAAGUCUUUAUGGACAAACAUGGUAUUCAUCCUAGUUUGGUCGCUGAUGUUCAUCAGUAUUUCUAUAGAAGGACUGGAGUGAUAGGAGUCCAACCUGAAGAAGUUACAGCAGCUGCUAAAAAGGCAGUAAUGGAUAAUCGCCUUCACAAAUGUUUGAUCUGUGGUGCCCUUUCUGAACUUCAUGUUCCUCCAGAGUGGUUGGCUCCAGGAGGGAAACUAUAUAACCUGGCUAAAAGUACUCAUGGACAGCUGAGGCCUGACAAAAAUUAUAGCUUUCCCUUGAAUAAUUUGGUUUGUUCAUAUGAUUCAGUGAAAGAUGUUCUGGUACCAGACUAUGGAUUGAGUAAUCUAACAGCUUGUAAUUGGUGUCAUGGCACAUCUGUGCGAAGGGUCAGAGGAGAUGGAUCCAUUGUAUAUUUGGAUGGAGAUAGAACUAAUUCUAGGUCCACUGGUGGCAAAUGUGGUUGUGGAUUCAAACACUUUUGGGAUGGUAAAGAGUAUGACAAUCUACCAGAAGCUUUCCCUAUUACUUUGGAAUGGGGAGGAAGAGUUGUCAGAGAAACAGUGUAUUGGUUCCAGUAUGAAAGUGAUCUAACUUUGAAUAGUAAUGUUUAUGAUGUUGCAAUGAAACUCGUUACCAAGCACUUUCCAGGUGAAUUUGGGAGUGAAAUUCUAGUUCAGAAAGUUGUUCACACUAUCUUGAAUCAGACUGCCAAAAAGAAUCCUGAUGAUUAUACUCCUGUAAAUAUUGAUGGUGCUCAUGCCCAAAGAGUUGGAGAUAUGCAAGGACAAGAAUCAGAGUCUCAGCUCCCAACUAAAAUUAUUCUUACUGGACAAAAAACAAAAACUUUGCACAAGGAAGAGUUAAAUAUGAGUAAAACUGAAAGAACUAUUCAACAGAAUAUUACAGAACAGGCUUCUUCAAUGCAGAAACGGAAAACAGAGAAGUUAAAACAAGAACAAAAAGGACAGCCCAGAACUGUUUCUCCCACUGCCAUUCGUGAUGGUCCAUCCUCUGCGCCCGUUACCCCUACUAAGGCUCCCUAUUCACCUACAACUUCAAAGGAGAAGAAGAUCCGAAUAACAACUAAUGAUGGUCGACAGUCCAUGGUUACACUUAAGUCUUCAACAACCUUUUUUGAACUUCAGGAAAGCAUUACCAGAGAAUUCAACAUUCCUCCAUAUUUACAGUGUAUUCGAUAUGGAUUCCCUCCUAAAGAGUUAAUGCCACCACAGGCAGGAAUGGAAAAGGAGCCUGUUCCUUUACAGCAUGGUGACAGAAUUACAAUAGAGAUUCUAAAAAGCAAAGCAGAAGGCAGUCAGUCGGCUACAGCACACUCACCCCACACUGUGAAACAAGAAGAGAUUGCUGUUACUGGUAAACUGUCAUCCAAGGAGCUUCAGGAGCAAGCUGACAAAGAGAUGUAUUCCUUGUGUCUUUUAGCAACAUUAAUGGUAAAUAUCUUUUCCUCUUCUUUAGGUAUGGCUGAUGGCAAGCACUGCACUUUUCCACAUCUACCUGGCAAAACCUUUGUCUACAAUGCUUCUGAAGAUAGACUGGAGUUGUGUGUGGAUACUGCAGGACAUUUCCCUAUUGGUCCUGAUGUUGAAGAUUUAGUGAAAGAGGCUGUAAGUCAGGUUCGAGCAGAGGCCACGACAAGAAGUAGAGAAUCAAGUCCCUCACAUGGGCUAUUAAAACUAGGUAGUGGCGGAGUAGUGAAAAAGAAAUCUGAGCAACUUCAUAAUGUAACUGCCUUUCAGGGAAAGGGGCAUUCUCUAGGAACUGCAUCAAGUAACCCACACCAUGAUCUAAGAGCUAGGGAAACUCCAGUUGUAAGAAAGCAUAAUACAGGGUCAGACUUUAGUAACAGUUCCACUAAAACAGAGCCUCCUGCAUUCACAGCUGCUCCUAGUAACAGUGAGUUUAUCCGAAUAGCACCUGGAGUAGUAACAAUGAGAGACAGCAGGCAGCUUGAUCCUGAUUUGGUUGAAGCCCAGCGAAAAAAAUUGCAGGAAAUGGUGUCUUCUAUUCAGGCUUCAAUGGACAAGCACUUGAGGGAUCAAAGUACAGAGCAGUCUCCAUCUGAUCUUCCUCAAAGAAAAGUUGAAGGUGUAAGUUCUACAAGGUCUGCGAAUCUUCAGACUGGGUUGUCUGAAUCUUUUUCUUUAACUGGUGGUACUGAAAAUUUGAAUACAGAAAUAACUGAUAGCUGUGUGGCAGAUGCACUGGGGGCAGCAUUUUCCACGAGGUCAAAAGCACAAAAGGGAAAUUCUGUGGAGGAACCUGAAGAAAUGGAUAGUCAAGAUGCUGAGAUGACUAAUACAACUGAGCCAAUGGAUCAUUCUUGAUUUAAUCAGGCACUGAUAAGGCAGAAUGUUUAUUGUGAAUAUGUAAUAUUUGUUGGCUGGGCCACAUAACUUGAUUAGUCAUUUAAAAUCUUGUACAUAUAUAAUUCAAAGAUUAUACCUUGUUAUUCAGUGCAUGAUAGCAAGUGUGUGAUUGGCAAUAGCUUUUAAUAUACUGCUGCCCAGGCUGGCUCUGAAUUCCUAUAAAGUAGAUAUUUAGAUCUGCUGAGAUAAGUUUCUUUCAUUUCUGUGGUUCAUUGAAAGUCUUUGUAAUUCAAUUCCAUGAAAGUCUUAAAUGUCUCAAAAAUGAAAAUUGUUGUGCUAAAAAUGUAUGAUUUCAGAAAAGAUCAGAACUGGAGAGGAAAUGAGAUUUUGCUAAUGUUGAUGUUAUCAGGAUAGCCAUCCUACAUUAUUAGAGUGUCGAAGAUUUAUGUAAAUUUGAAAGUUAUCUAAACUAAGUUAUAUUUUAAAAUUCUCAAAAUGAUUAGACAGUGAUACUGACAUUUUUGUGAACAUAAAUAUAUUUAUAGAAAUAGCUGUUCUUGGCAAAAACAUCUUGAGAAUAGGGUGUAAUGAAAAACAUUUUGCCAAUUUGAGCAAAGUUAGGGAAAAAUAUUCUUGAAUGAUAAUGUGAUUCAGUUAGCUACUAUCUGAACCAACAUGGCCAAUUGUGUGCUCUGUGGAUAACAUGUUACCAUUAUUUUUUGAAUCCUGGCCUGGUCAAGUACCACCUAAUUUUUUUUUUUGUUGUUUUGUUUUGUUUUAACCUUAUGUAAGAGUUGAUUUUAAAUUGUGGUAGAAAAUUUUGAAAUAAUGGUAGCAGUAGUUAAUUUCUAAUUUUCAGAAUAUGUCAGAUUUACAGAGAAUUUAUAAAUAAGAAUUUAUCUUUAUGAAUGAGUUACAUUUUGAUCAGUGGUAUUUAACCUAUAUAUGCUAAGUGUCUUUGAGCCCCUCUGAACCAAACAUGUUUCCUUUUUUAUUAGAGUCCAUAAGAUUAUUUGUUGGCUUCACUGGAUUUGGAUGCAAAUUUUACUGCACCAUACCCUGAUCAACUCAGCAUUUGCUUAAAUAUUGUAUUCAUUAAAUCUUUAGUGCCAGCUUCCUUAAGAAACAGCUUAUCCCUUAGAAACAAAAGUGUUUAUCUCAAGAUUGGUAUUGCACUAAUUUAUCCUGUUCUGCAGAUCUGUAUUCUGAAAUGUACAUUUCAAUCUAUCUCCCUCUGUUCACUGAAAUUAAGUUGAAUUUGAAUGGAUGAAAGACAAAAAUGUAAGUUAAUACAAUUUCUUUCUCAGAGCA